AUACAUCAUAAUGGUCGACCGGUCUCUGCGCAGCUGUCGUCCACAUUCUAUUCGACUUCAUGCUCCAAAGCCCUCUCCACCAUUAAGUCUGCUGUUACCUCUGCAGUCUCCAAAGAGAAACGGAUGGGUGCCUCUCUUCUACGUCUCCAUUUCCAUGACUGCUUUGUUAAUGGGUGUGAUGCGUCUGUACUGUUAGACGAUACCGCAAACUUCACAGGAGAGAAGACAGCUGGCCCCAAUAAUAAUUCACUGAGAGGGUUCGACGUGGUGGAUACCAUCAAAUCCCAACUAGAGAGCCUCUGUCCCGGCGUCGUUUCUUGUGCCGACAUCCUAGCCGUUGCUGCUCGUGACUCCGUCGUCGCUUUGGGUGGAACCACAUGGACAGUCCCUUUAGGAAGGAGAGAUGCAACCACGGCAAGCGCAAGUGCUGCAAACAGCAACAUUCCAUCCCCGGCCUUGAGUCUUAGUGGUCUCAUCUCUGCUUUCUCAAACAAAGGAUUUACUACCAAGGAAAUGAUAGCUCUUUCAGGGUCUCAUACAAUAGGGAUGGCAAAAUGCUCAAUAUUCCGAUCUCGGAUCUACAACGAAACCAACAUAAACACGGCAUUCGCGACAUCUUUGAAGUCGAACUGUCCAAGUGCAAGUGGCGAUAACAAUCUCUCCCCUCUUGACACCACGAGUUCUACCGUCUUUGAUACCGCCUAUUACACCGAUUUGAUCAACAGCAAAGGCCUUCUACACUCAGAUCAACAGCUCUACAGUGGUGGUAAUGGCUCCACUGAUUCUCAAGUCAAGGCCUAUAGUACCAAUUCUGCUACUUUCUUCACUGAUUUUGGGAAUGCCAUGGUGAAGAUGGGAAACCUAAGCCCACUAACCGGCACUAGUGGUCAGAUUAGGACCAAUUGUAGGAAAGUUAAUUCAGGCUAAGAGAUCAACUUAGUUUUGCUUUGAUUUUCACAAUUUUCCUAUUUUGCAUCAUACUCUAGAAGUUGAUUACUAC